AUGCCGUCCUUUUCCCAGCGGCCUGAGUCGCCUAAGAAGGGUAGAAUCAUCAAGUCGGCGUAUGAUAGCGAGAGCUUCGAAUCAGAUGGCUCCAUUCAUGUGGAAGGACUCGUUGGGUCUGCAACAAUCUCUCCAUCCGGUCGCGAUAUUGCUCUUGCAUCACCAGAGGGACUGGCCAUCAUUGACUUGGACUCUCCAUACAACCCACCGCGGCGACUGAGAAGUCAUGGACUCCCAUGGCUAGUUUGCGACGUUCAGUGGUCGCCUUUCGCAGCUCGAGACUAUUGGGUCGUGUCCACAGCGAACCAUCGCGCCCUAGUAUGGAAUCUCAACCUGAGAGAGGAUUCUAAUACGGGAGCCAUAGAGCACUCGCUCCAUGGACAUAGCCGCGCGAUUACCGAUGUCAACUUCUCGGCCCAUCACCCUGACAUGCUCGCCACCUGCUCUGUUGACGGCUAUGUCCAUUGGUGGGAUCUACGGCGGCCUAGACAACCGGUUCUUACCUUCUGUGAUUGGUUUGCGGGUGCCACUCAAGUUAAAUUCAAUCGCCAAGAUCCUCACAUUCUUGCCUCGGCUCAUGACCGGUUCUUACAUAUUUGGGACGACCGAAAGGCGUCCGAGCCUGUCAAGUCCAUCAGUGCGCAUACAUCCAAGAUCUACGGAAUUGACUGGAACCGCACCCGAAGCACUGGCAUCGUAACUUGUUCCCUGGACAAGACAAUCAGGUUCUGGGAUUACGGCAAGGACGACAACGAGCUGGAACAUGUCAUCCGCACCGACUUCCCCGUCUGGAGAGCUCGCCAUACACCAUUCGGAUGGGGUUUAUUGGCCAUGCCUCAAAAUGAGCCCGGCGAUUUGUAUCUGUAUGACAGACUAUGGGGGGAAGACUCCCCAGUAGAGGUUGCCCCGAACCCUGUUGCCGUGUUUCCGGGUCAUGGUGAUCAUAAAGCCAAGGAAUUUCUAUGGAGAUCUCGAGGAGGCGUAUCCGAUGAUAACAUUGACCAUCGUGAGUUUCAGCUUGUAUCAUGGGGCACGGAUAAUGAGUUAAGGUUACACUGCGUUGACGCCAACAUACUCGCUGCUGUUGGUCAUGUCAAAGACGGCCCGGCAAGGAAGGGUCUUAACCUCACAAGACAAGGUGCAGCAUAUAAGACCUUCCGUACUAUCGAUGACAGUGCGAGCCGUGACCGCAAGGCCGGCACAAUGAGCGACCACAGAGCUAGCACCGGUCUUGCACAGUAUAAACAGGGGGGCGCCUCAUCUGGUGGGCGGUCUGGCUUGAACCGAAAUCUUCGACCAGCAUGGAGGGGCCCAUCAAUGAAAGCCAAGAUUGACUCGAGCAAACAUGUCGACAGGAGCCAAGCUCAACUUGGGUGGAUGAAGGGCAUUACUAUGACAAAGCGGAAACCCUCGACUGACGGUUACAGACGACGUGCCUCCAAAGACCACGGAAUUCUCAGCCACCACCACUAUCCAGAUGAUGAAUGGGGCCAACCGGACACAAUUCAAGAAGAGCUUCUCCGUAUCAGUACGCAGAUACCCAAGGUCAAAUGGGAAAAUAUAGACAUGGACAACUUGACGUUGAAUGCGUCUCUGACAGGACCCUGGGGCGUCGAUGGGGAACCCAUCUUUGUCAAAGUGAAAAUUGACAUCCCUGCGGGAUACCCCAAGCUCAAUGCACCAACGUUCUACAUUGAAAAGACGUCCUUUAUGCCGGAAGACACACACAAGAAGAUUAUGCGGGAAAUACAUCUACUCGCCGAACAGUUUUUGCAACGGAAGCAAAACUGUCUAGAAGUCACCUUUACCUACUUGCUCGGUGAAGUCGAUUUAGAAUCUAGUACUACCUUCUUUAAGAAUGUCCGAGACUUGGACGAUGAUCUUGACGGCCUUGCGGACGAGAGCUCUAGCGAAGAAGACGAGGAUAUCCCUGCUGGAGGAUCUGCUUCAAUGUCUCAAGAGUUGCCUCAUGCAGAUGCUGACACAACUCUUGCACCACUACCUAAUCGUAACAUUAUUCCACCUCCGCCCCGUACCUGUGGCGCUCGAUUUUCUCCAGAUGGCCGGCUUGUUUGUUUCUUCCCGUCAAAGGAGGAGAAAGCCCGCGCACUAUUCUCUACCUCUGCAGAGUUCUAUAACAAAGAACGUUCCAAAGGAGAGCCGUUCUUUGCUGGGUUUGGUCGUCUUACCUAUGAUCUUCCUUCCAAGCAGAAGUAUGCGAUGGAUGAGGCCUCUGCCACGGACGAUCAGUCAGACGAGUCUGAUAGUGAAAUGUCUUCGUCGUCGUCGAGUGGCUCCGAGUCGACCUCGAUGCAUAAGAUGAACCUAUGGUACAGCUCAAACAGACAGCUUCGCAAAACUUGGAGUGAAGAUCGAUCCGUAAGGUCGAGUGGUGGUGGCACUGGGGCAGGCACCGGCACCGGUACGGGCACGAGUCGCCGACGAUUCGGCCGACCUCGAAACUUGAUUGCCAUUCAUGACUUGCGAGCUGACCUCCCGUCGAAGAGGGAAUUUGCCGAGGAAUACGCAAUCUUUGGCGAUGGUGCUGACGUCUGUGAACAUAAUGCCCAGGUUGCGGAGAAAUACGGCAAUGCUGAAUUAGUAGAUGUAUGGCGCUACUUGGCACUGUUACUAACAAAGGGAAUUCCUUUGGAGGUCUUGGGUCGUGACCACAAUGAAGCCUCGAUUUUGAUAAUUGCUCGAGAUGCCAUAUCAAAGCAUAGCAAAAUCAACAAAUCACAGGUCGACUCCUCAUCAAAAAGCGACAGCGGUCUCGUUGGCAGAGUCAAAUGGGGGCAGCAUCCGCUUGCCAAAGAGUUCAUUAUGGACCUCUUUGACCACUUCGAGAGACUCGCUGAUAUCCAGAUGUUGGCCAUGCUGUCGUGUGUUUUCAAUGAGCCGUACACGGAUGAUGGCGUGGCGUAUGUCGAGUCUCAUCUUACAAAACAAGAAACGCCACUGCCGUUGAAGGCGCCGUCCUUUUCACUGGAUUAUUUCCCCACGGACGCCUCAGGAUGGAGGUGGAAUAUUCACACCCGAAGCCAUACGACUUCAGCAGCUACCACGCCUGGAACUCUUCACACUCCUGUUCACUAUCCCGGCUCCCACGCCUCUGAUGAGUUUCUCUGGAGCGGUGACCCGGGGACCAGCUCCUAUUCCUGCGGCGAGACGCCUCCUCUGAAGGGCAAGGCGUUCCUCGGUGACAGCGAUACGCCACAGCCACCGAUGUCGCGAUCACCUACGAGUCGAGGCAUUUUGAGAGGAAACACUGGUCUCGCUUCAGCUUUCACCGCAACGCUUCCGAAGUCGUUCGGUGGCGGCGGCUCGUCAUCGCCGCCGAAUCAAGGCAGAAAGAGACCUAGCCCUGCCGAAUACAUCAUGAGCAGUCUAGUGCCCACUGCUGCCAACUCUGGAACAUCAACGCAAGGACCUGCAAAUGCGUCAGGUGAUUCAGGCCUGGCUAGAACCUCGUUGUCGGACGAGGACUACCGCCGCGAUGACCUUCUUUCAUUGGUUCCCAUCUCAGUCAAUGUUAUCCAGGCAGACCAGUCAAUAUUCGAUGACGAUGGGUGGUUGAACACGCCGCUGCUAGACUCCAGCCGAUCUAGUAUCUACGCAAGAUACCGUUACGCAUAUGCAGAGAUGCUGCAAAUGUGGGAUCAGCCCCUGGCACGACUUGAGGUCAUGAAAUUCAAUAUUCUUCGCGAUGACUCGGCAAUGGCAAUAACUGACGGGAGCUUCCACGACUCGACAACAUUGAGAGAUGGAGCCAGCGGCACCAUUGGCCACCACAAGACGGGCUCAUCCCCAAUCGUCAUGGGUAAGAAGGACCAGCUCCAUAACCUCGUGGCAUCUGGUCGUGGUUUAGACGUCACGGGCAUCUGUCGCACGCACGAGACCCAGCUUGAACCAGCACGCUAUACAUCCUCUCACAACAACAUUGGGGGCGCCGUCGGAACAUGCGAUCGGUGUCACCGCAUACAGACACAGCUCCAAUGUGUGUAUUGUCUCGAGCCUGUCGACGCAUUGUUCCCACCAUGCCUCUCGUGCGGAUGUGCCAGCCACGAAGCUUGCCUCGCAGAAUGGCACGCGUCUGGCGAAACCUUGUGCCCAGCGGGGGAUGAAUGCAACUGCGUGGAUGAGGCAAGCAACGGACAAGUCGAGUCCUGGGCCGCACUUCGUGGUGCGAUGAUGAAGGGUCGUGAUAAGCCAGCCAAGCUCCACCUGCUUCCGCCGGCGGCUAUGGACGGUAGCGGAGACGAAAAACUUGGGCGAGGCAAGAAUGACUGGGAACAAGUCGAGUUGAAUAUUCCAAGCCGAGAGCAAGGUGGUCUUACGGUGCCACAGUCACCUGCGGCAUUGAGUUUCGGAAGAUUGAAGAAGGCGGGCACGUGGUCUCGAACCGCGAGUCUACGCGGACCCGGGCGAAGAAGCUAA